AUGUGGUUUCAAACGUUAAAUUUUGUAAAGAAAGUUGUGCUUGCAGACGUAAGAAGGCAGGCUGCUGGUGAGAUCAGCGUUGCUCCUCGCUACCUAACCUUGUCUGAAAAUAUCAAUCAAGUUCGUUUCCAGUGCUACUUGAAUGAACGGCCUGCACAAGAAGGACAAACGAUGUGGAUAAGAGACGGACGUCGUUUUCAUUGUGUAAAAUCAAAUAGAAUAUUUGCCUGUGGUAACAUUCUCAUUAUUCAACACGUCACCGUAAAAGAUUCUGGAUAUUACCGCUGCGUUUCGAGUAGCAACAAUCAAAGCUUCUAUGAAGUAUCAGUUGUAGUUCCAGCCUCAAUUAUUGAUUCUGAAGACGAAAUUGUUCGUGUUAAUGUUACUGCUUUGGAAAGCGUUCAACUAGAAUGUCAAGUACGUCAAGAUUCUUUUCCAAAAUCUGUUGUAAUAUUAUGGCAGUAUGGUGACUCUUACAUUGCUACUGGAAGCACUUUACAGCUCAAGGACAUCGACCAGAACAAAACAGGAGUGUACAAGUGCAGGGCGUCUAAUGGAUAUGGAACUCCGGCUAUAAAAUCUUUCUAUAUUGUUGAGCUUGAGACAACAAUGGCUGCAUCAGACGACAAAAUAGAUUUCACUAAUUCGACGAGUUGCCAGUCUUCGCUGUCACGCACAGAAGGUUUACUGUCUUACCUGCUUCCAUUAUUAAUGCUUUACUACGUAUUUUAGCUAAACUCUCCAUAUCGCGAAAGCCAUUUUGUGUAAAGGCCAAGUAACUACUCUCUGCAUGUGAUUUCUUUCUAGAGAAAACCAAAUAUAGCAUACCGAACAGCUGAAAGCAGUGAUUUCUGUAAUACAUAGUCUUAUGUUUUAUAACACAUAUAUACAUGUGUACUCGUAUAUACAUGCACACUUACACUUUUGAUCUACUUUUUUUAUUAAAUAUUAUAACAACUUAUCUCAACACAUUGCGCUCGCUCUAGAGGACAGAUUUCAGUUUGACGACAACUUGCGUAUAUCUCGACUUCUAUAGAUAAACAAGAAGGAGAACAAAGCUAAAGUCUUCGAUG